GAGCGCUUCUAAGGGAAUUAGAAGAGUUUCGUCUGACUAGGAUACCCCGGUCGGAAAACGCUGAUGCAGACAUGCUUUCAAAAUUGACGCAAGCUUGCCCAGAGCAUGUGUCAAAAUUGGCGAAAAUUGAGAUACUGGACGUGCCGAGUACAGACCGGUUUGAAGUCGCGGCCAUCCAACCGGGCCAGAUUUCAGCGACCGGGAUAAUCGGAGCAGACGAUGACUGGAGAUACGAACUCAUGGAGUAUUUGGAGACCGGUCAGAAGCCUGAUGACGAGGAACGAGCCAGGAAGGUGGUCCUACGGGCUCCACGUUUCCAGGUAAUCGAUGGUCAUCUAUACAAACAUGCCAUUGGCGGACCACUCUUGCGUUGCCUCACCAACCCGGAGGCUGAACGUGUAAUUGCCGAGGUACAUGAGGGAGUUUGUGCAGCCCAUCAAAUGUCCCGCACUUUGGCUCAAAGGAUCAUCCUGCUAGGCUACUAUUGGCCGACCAUUGUGGGGGACUGUGAGAGAGUGACUUCAAGAAGAGCAACUGGAGAGACUCCUUUCGUGUUAACUUACGGAUGUGAAGCCCGGUUACCAGUAGAGGCAGAAAUUCCGACAUUCAGAGAAACCGUCUACCAGCCCGGUCUUAACGAGAUCGACCACCUAGCUGAACUGAAUCUGGUAGAAGAACGAAGGACCAUAGCUGCAGUCAAGAUGGCCGGUUACCAGCAGUCAGUAAAGCGGUAUCAUGACAACCGGGUAGGGCCGCGAUACUUCCAAGUGCAUGAUGAAGUCUUGCGCAGAAGGGAUGCUAGUAAGCCUAAUGAAAGGGGCAAGCUGCUACGAAACUGGGAGGGGCCCUAUCGCGUAAAAGCAAUCGUGAGACCGGGCACUUACCAGUUGGAAACAAUGGAAGGUGGCCGGGUUGAGCGACACUGGAACUCUCACCACUUGCGUAAAUUCUUUAGAUAAAGUGUAAUGAGUUCCCGGUCAUUAAUAAAACUUUAUUCUUUUCAGAAAGAUUGUUCGCAUGCAUCAAC